AAAAAUGCCAGGAAAAGAAAAAACCCCUCCGGCCAAAACCCUCCGAACUCGAACGCGAAGCUUCUGUUCAUUGGGUUCAUCAUCUGUUUCUCCGAGCCCACUCAGUCGCAGGACCAGACACCGACCCAGGCCGUCACUUUGAGACAACUCGGCGGCAAUGGCGGAGGCGGUCACAGGCGGCACCGAGAUUCCCCCCAACAUGACGAUAUACAUCAACAACCUCAACGAGAAGAUCAAACUCGACGAGCUGAAGAAGUCGCUGAGGGCGGUGUUCUCGCAGUUCGGGGAGAUUCUGGACGUGUUGGCGUUCAAGACAUUGAAGCACAAGGGGCAAGCUUGGGUCAUCUUUAAGGAUGUUCAGUCUGCUACCAAUGCUCUCAGGCAAAUGCAGGACUUCCCUUUCUAUGAUAAGCCGAUGAGAAUACAAUAUGCAAAGUCAAAGUCGGACAUAAUAGCGAAGGCUGAUGGUACUUUCGUUCCAAGAGAAAAGCGGAAGAGACAUGACGAGAAAGGUAAGAAACGGAAGGACCAAAAUGAUGCCAAUCUUGCUACAGCUGGUGGGAAUCCUGCUUAUCCUGGUGCCUAUGGUGCAGCACCACCUCUGUCUCAAAUACCCUACCCAGGAGGUCAGAAACUUCCAGAGGCUCCUGCCCCGCCGAACAACAUCCUCUUCGUACAGAACUUGCCCCACGAUUCAACUCCCAUGAUGCUGCAGAUGCUGUUCCUGCAGUAUCCAGGCUUCAAGGAAGUUAGGAUGGUUGAGACAAAGCCUGGGAUCGCAUUUGUGGAAUACGCAGAUGAGAUGCAGUCCACGGUCGCAAUGCAAGCCCUGCAAGGCUUCAAGCUGACGCCGCAGAACCCGAUGUUGAUCACCUAUGCCAAGAAAUAGGGCAAGAAAGGUCUGCUUUUAGUAAUUUUUGAACAGAGGUUUUCUUCUAGGACGGUUCUGUAAUUUAGACUAGGCUGAGCCUUGUGAAGUACUUUCUGAUAGAGAUAAUGUUGUCCUUUGUUUAUUAUUAUGUAUCAUUAUAGUUGAGUAAUAUUUUCUCCUCAGACUAA